CGAAUCAGCAACGGAAACAUCAUCAAAUCAUUCAUCCAUUUUAUUCUUGCCCUAAAAAAGGCACUAACCUCUCUCUCUCUCUCUCUCUGCGCCUGCUCUUCAUAACCGCAGACUUUUGAGAGGUUGCAGUGAGAGAAAUCAAAAGAAAAAGAAAAAUGGCUGGUGUUUCCAGGGUUGUUGCAGCUGUAGUUGCUCUUCUUGUUGUUUUUGCCAUCGUUUUGCCCAUUGCUCAGGCCCAAGCUCCUGCCCCUGCCCCUACCAGUGAUGGGACAUCAAUUGACCAAGGCAUUGCGUAUGUGCUGAUGAUGGUGGCACUAGCACUCACGUACCUCAUUCACGCGGCAGACUUAUCCCACAGCUUCUGAAUUGGUUCAAAUUUGGAGGAGGUAGAAUAGGGGGAGGUUGGGGCGGGUUAGAUAUUGGGAAUGGUGUGAAUAUAUCUUUUAUUUUCUUCUGUGAUCAAGGGUCUUGUUUUGUAUGAACACGGUGUUUCUGACUUGUGACGACGAAUUUGUUGUUAUUGGGAUUUGUGGUUGUUGCUAAUGCCAUCUUCUUGUUCGGAGGCA